UUGAAAUUCGUACGUUGAAUCAGCAGGAAUUAUCGUUUUGUGAAUGUGAUUACUUGAUUAUAGGUGUUUAAUAAUAAUAACAUUGACAAUAUUUAGUGAUUAUAUAAAUUAUCGAAAGUUCAAAUAACAAUGUUGGAAAUGGUGGCGCGAAAUUUUCCAGUCCAGGAUAUUUCUUAUUCUAGACUGUUUCAAAUUCCCACCGACGAAGAACGCGAUUUUAUUUCGUUGGACGAGCUGAAACCGACGAUGGUACAGCAAAAUUUACAGCAUCAGCAUCCUGUCCACAGCUAUCAGCCUACUUAUUAUGAAUUGACCAAUAUCGAAGAUCCAUGCUCUUCGUCUCUAUCUUAUUCAGCUUCCGCUUCACUAUCCAGCUCAACAUGCACCUCGACAAUGAUGGAUUCACAGGUUGUGGACAGCACGCUAAAUCCAUCGGCAAAACGAAAAAGAAAAGCGUCUUUUCAUGAUGCUAGUGACGUUGAUGAUGAUACUGGAGAAGAUGCAAAGUCAACGAAAACUGAUGAGAAUAAGAAACAAAAUCACAGCGAAAUCGAAAAACGUCGCCGUGACAAAAUGAACACUUACAUCACCGAACUGUCGGCGAUGAUCCCGAUGUGCCACGCGAUGUCCAGGAAACUGGACAAACUCACCGUGCUCAGAAUGGCCGUGCAGCAUUUGAAAACCAUAAGAGGUGCCGUCCAUUCCUACACCGAAGGUCAUUACAAACCUUCAUUUUUGACCGAUCAAGAAUUGAAACAUUUAAUUUUACAGGCCGCAGAUGGAUUUUUAUUUGUAGUCGGUUGCGACAGAGGGCGAAUCCUCUACGUAUCUCAAUCAGUUUCUAAAGUUUUGAAUUACACACAAGCAGAUCUUCUAGGUCAAAGUCUAUUCGACAUUUUACAUCCCAAGGAUGUGGCCAAAGUUAAAGAGCAACUUUCCUCUUCCGAUUUAAAUCCCAGAGAAAGACUGAUUGAUGCCAAAACUAUGUUACCAGUAAAAACAGACGUCCCUCAAGGUGCAUCAAGAUUAUGUCCUGGUGCAAGAAGAUCGUUUUUUUGCAGAAUGAAGUGCCGCAUGGCUUCGCAAAUCAAAGAAGAAGCUGACACCACCACAGGAUGUCACAGAAGAAAGACUAAACUAAAUUCGGACAAAAAAUUCAAUGUAAUUCAAUGCACUGGAUACUUAAAGUCCUGGGCACCUGCCAAAAUAGGCCUGGAAGAACACGAAGAAGCGGAUUCGGAUUCUUGUAAUUUGUCCUGUUUGGUUGCCAUCGGCAGGAUUUUGCCUCAUAUAUCUACUUUGGCACUAAGCAGCCAUGGUAAUAAUAAAGUGAGGCCUAUACAGUUUGUAUCCAGGCACGCUCUGGACGGCAAAUUUAUUUUUGUGGAUCAAAGGGCAACGUUGGUGCUAGGGUUUUUGCCGCAAGAAAUGCUCGGCACCAGCAUGUACGAGUACUACCAUAAUGAUGAUAUUCCCACUUUGGCGGAUAAGCACAAGGUGGCUUUGCAAAGUAAUGAAUAUGUAGCUACAAAUGUCUAUAGGUUUCGUACUAAAGAUGGAAGCUUCAUUCGGCUUCAAAGUGAAUGGAAGUCGUUCAAAAAUCCAUGGACUAAAGAAGUAGAAUACGUUAUAUCGAAGAAUAAUUUAGUAUUAAGUGACUUUCGAAUGGUAGAAAGCAGCGCCAGUCGUGCAGAAGACAUCCAAGAAAAUUACGACUUUUUCUCCAGUCCAAACGGCAAAGACAUCCAAACAAUGAUAAAUUCUCACGUGGAAGCGGGCAAAAUCGGACGUCAGAUAGCCGAGCAAGUGAUGGAUUCGCAACGAAGAAACGCGGAUUCUUGUUCAAACAGUCCCGAUCCAGAAUCCACCUUACCAAAUUUGGUUAACGGAGAAGCUCAAAUUUCCACAAGCCAAAUAACCGAAACAUACCGACCAAGUCCCACUGUACCAGAUUACGUCCAAAACUCCAACCAAUACUCAGGCGUGAGAAGUAACGUAAAUUUAAACAGCGUAACAUCAGAUCCAGUUUUAGGUGGUCAAACUCAAACAGAGUCUCCCUCGGAAAUCAUCGACAUGAUAUCUUCAGCUGAGGCCCAACAAUCUCCAGCUCAAGGCAAUGGCGGACCGACCAUGGACGGUAACGACGAGGCAGCGAUGGCUGUUAUUAUGAGCCUUCUUGAAGCUGACGCUGGACUGGGCGGGCCGGUUGAUUUUUCUGGUUUACCAUGGCCAUUGCCUUGACCUGACCAAUGAGAGAUUUUUUUUAUUAUUGAAAGUACAAAUAUACUAUAACAUAUGAUAGCUCUUUCUUGUAUUCUAGUUUUACCAAUUCUGUGUCAUAUUUGAAGUUUUCACAGAAAGUUUCCAUGGUCUUGUGGAAGCUAUAGGUACCUACUUCAAAAUUUCUGAAUAUGUUAAUUUUUUGGUAGAUAGGUAAGAAUAGGUAUUAUGUACUUAGAUGUUUUAUUUUUCGUUGUCUAUUAUAGAUAUUUAUUUAUUUAAAUUAUUAAGUUAAUUUUCUAUUGAAUUAUUUAUUAUAUUUUGAAACAAUUAAUUUAUUUUUUAAAUUUUAUUCUAGGUUUUAAGUUAACGUGUUAAUUGUAUGUUUUGUGUAUAUAGAACGGUAUUUUAGAACUAUAUGUAGGUAUUGAAUUUAUGAAUGUGAUAAUAAUUAGGUAAUAUUAGAUAUAUGUAAUUAUUAUUAUAUUAGAUAUUCAGAUAAAAAUUGUAGUUUUAGUGAAAUCGCUGAAAACUCCCGAUAUUUCAAUAUGAAAGAAAUGUGGAAGAAAAACGAAUCAAGAUUUUUAA